ACAGCGUCAAAACUGCCCUCUGUCUGGCCGUGCUCGGUGCCCUCGGACCGGGCUUUCUCGCAGGGAGCGGGUUGUCAAGUUGCUCGGGCCGCCCCUGUGCCCGAGGCUUUGGUCUCCCGUUCUCUCUUUGGAGCAAACCUGAGGGUUCUGGGAAGGUCCGACUUUCCGUCUCCCGGACGCCCUGUUCUGAUUUGUCCCUUCUGCCUUGCUUCUUCCCGCCUGUCGCUCCCCCUCUGGUCCUUCCCCGCCGGGCAAGCAGGUUGCGCUGGAUGACCUAAGUCCGGGAGAUCCUUUCCAGUCCUGACAGUCUGUCAUUCAGUCAGAUGUGAUCAUCGUCAUCAUCAAAACCCGCCACAUGCCACGGUCUGAACCCUUUCCUUCAAGGGGCUGGCUGAUUUUAGAGCACUUGGACGGCCCAGGCAGAGAGGUAGAUGAGGAGAGAGACGCGGCUCUGGCAGAGAAAAACCAGCCCGCCGUACUCAGAAAGUAAAGAUAGCGGCCGCACCCCGCCAGAAGACCGGAGCCGGCCAGAGGCGGAGAGACUGGGGAGCUAGAGGAGGACAGAAAUGCAUUUGAGCAAGUCCAGGCAAAAAAGGGUGGAGAUCCAGCGGCGCCCUAAGUGCCGGAGUCCUUCCAGAGAGCUCUGGGGGUCCAUGCUGAGAAAAUGCUGGAAGUUCCUCUUCUGAAGGUGGCAAUGGCCUUCCUCCUGUCAUACCCUAUGCUGAGGACCAUCAGCCUCCAUCUACACUCAGCGGUUACUGGCAGUUACCUCUCUGGGACUCACUCGGUUGCCUUUGUCAACUGCCCCAAUGAACAGAUUGCCAGAGACAUAGCCAGAACCAUCCUAGAUAAGAAGCUGGCUACCUGUGUGAAUAUCUUGCCGAGGGCCUCCUCUCUGUACUUUUGGAAGGGAGAGAUUGAAGAAACUACUGAAAUCCUUUUGUUAGUGAAAACGAAGACUUCCAAAAUACAUGAACUCUCUAACUACAUCAGAUCAGUUCAUCCUUUUGAAAUUCCUGAACUCUUCAGCCUUCCCAUCGACCAAGGAAAUCCUGCUUAUUUAAAGUGGAUUGAGGAAGGGGUAGCUGAGGACUGAGCAGAAGUCCACUCUGCUUUCUGGUGUGACAGUUUGCACAUUGCUGGCCUUCCACAGUGGGAAGAGCUUUAUAGAGAGCUGGGCAGGAAUAGAGACAGUUGCUGUCCUUUGGAUUGCAACAUAUUUAGAAGAUAAUUAACUUAUGGAUUCUGAUGCUUUAUGUUAGCUCUUUGCCCAUUUCAGGUAAUGAGCAGAAGAAGUGAAAGCAUAUUGAAUGAGAGAGAAGAAACUAUGUACUUCAAUCCCUCCUUUCCCCUCAUGAUGAGAAUUUAAUUCUUUAAGGGGCUUGUGAGGGUUCUACCCUGCCUCUCUUCCCUAUAACCUACUACCAUAAACACUGCUAGAUAUACCACCAAUCCUUGGAAUGUCUCUUUUCUCAGAAAGAACCUUUUAGUAAAAAAUAGAAACUAGGUUAAAAAAGGUCUGCUUUUCAGUUGCCUUUAUUGCCUUAUUAGGAAGAAACCUGGUAAACUAAUUUUUACCCUUACGUUAUGGAGCUAGAUAUGAUUUUUUCUCAAAAAUAUUUUUUCCUUUUAAAUUAUUUUAUUUUUC